CUCCCGUCGUCAUCAUCCCAACCCCGCGCGCCUCCCUCGCGACGCACGAGCAGUAGGAGCCCGGCAAGAACCGAACCAUUUCUUUUCUCCCCUCCGAGCCCACCUAACCUCGCUCUCUCCCUACCAAACGCCCCCUCGGCCAAUUCCCCCACUCUCUCGACAGCCGCGGCGCGGAAAUGGGCGGCGGCGGCGGCGCGAGGCCGUUCUUGGCCGUCGUCAUGGCGGUGGCCGUGUUGGCGGCGAUGGUGGCGCCGGCGCGGGGGCGGUUCGUGGUGGAGAAGAGCAGCGUGAGGGUGCUGGCGCCGGAGCACAUCCGGGGGCACCACGACGCCGCCAUCGGCAACUUCGGGGUGCCCGACUACGGCGGCACGCUCACCGGCGUCGUGCUCUACCCGGCCAAGAAGGCCACCGGAUGCGCCGAGUUCCCCGCCAAGUUCAAGUCCAAGUCCGGCCGCCCCGUCGUCCUCCUGCUCGACCGCGGAGAGUGCUAUUUCGCGCUCAAGUCGUGGAACGCGCAGCAGGCGGGCGCGGCGGCGGUGCUGAUCGCGGACACGGUGGACGAGCAGCUGCUGACCAUGGACACGCCGGAGGCGUCCCCCGACACUCGGUACCUCGACAAGCUCAACAUCCCGUCGGCGCUGGUGAACCGCGCCUUCGGGGAGUCGCUGAAGCGCAUGGCGGAGAAGGCCGACGCCGAGGGGGAGGUGGUGGUGAAGCUGGACUGGCGCGAGUCGAUGCCGCACCCGGACGAGCGCGUGGAGUACGAGCUAUGGACCAACAGCAACGACGAGUGCGGCCCCCGGUGCGACGAGCAGGCGGCGUUCGUCAAGAGCUUCCGGGGCCACGCCCAGAUCCUGGAGCGCGGCGGCUACGCGCGCUUCACCCCGCACUACAUCACCUGGUACUGCCCCGAGGCGUUCCGGCUGACGCGGCAGUGCCAGUCGCAGUGCAUCAACCACGGCAGGUACUGCGCGCCGGACCCGGAGGAGGACUUCGGGGAGGGGUACGAGGGGAAGCAGGUGGUGGUGGAGAACCUGCGGCAGCUGUGCGUGCACCGGGUGGCCAACGAGAGCGGGCGGCCGUGGGCGUGGUGGGACUUCGCCAUGGACUACAAGCUGCGGUGCUCCAUGAAGGAGAAGAAGUACAGCAAGGCGUGCGCCGAGGAGGUGGUGGCGUCGCUGGGGCUGCCGCUGGAGAAGGUGCUGGCGUGCAUGGGCGACCCCGACGCCGACGCCGACAACGCCGUGCUGUCCAAGGAGCAGGAGGACCAGAUCGGGCGCGGGUCGAGGGGGGACGUGACCAUCCUGCCCACGCUCGUCAUCAACGACGUCCAGUACAGAGGGAAGCUGGAGAGGACGGCGGUGCUCAAGGCCGUGUGCGCCGGCUUCAAGGAGGGCACCGAGCCGCAAGUCUGCCUCAGCCAUGACAUGGAGACGAACGAGUGCCUGCACCGGAACGGCGGGUGCUGGCGGGACGAGGCGACCAACGUGACGGCGUGCAGGGACACGUACCGGGGCAGGGUGUGCGAGUGCCCCGUGGUGAACGGCGUCCGCUACGACGGCGACGGGUACACCCACUGCAAAGCUGUUGGUCCGGGCAGGUGCGCGCUGAACCACGGCGGGUGCUGGUCGGAGACCAAGGGGGAGCGCACCUUCUCCGCCUGCUCGGACACGGCUCUAUCCGGAUGUCGGUGCCCGGCAGGCUUCCAAGGCGACGGCCACAAAUGCGAAGACCUGGACGAGUGCAAGGAUAAGCUGGCGUGCACCUGCCCGGACUGCCACUGCAAGAACACCUGGGGCAGCUACGAGUGCGGCUGCAGGGGCAACCAGGUGUACAUCCGAGGGGAGGACGUCUGCGUGGCCAACAGCAUGUCCAGGUUCGGCUGGCUCGUCGCCCUCCUCGCCGUCUCCUGCGCCGCCGGCCUAGGGGUCGCCGGCUUCGUCUUCUACAAGUACAGGCUCAGGUCAUACAUGGACUCGGAGAUCAUGGCCAUCAUGUCCCAGUACAUGCCGCUCGACAGCCAGAACAACGAGCACCAGCCGCUCCGGCAGCAUGCUCCAGACGCCUAAAGGGAGCAGAUGGAGAUGGGUUUGGGUAUGGAAGCUUGCAGAGUCUUCAACCAUACCCUGCAGAUACUUUGCUAUGAUGCUUUUCAAUGAUUUUUUUUGUUACUACAACUUCCCUUUCUAUAUAUAGAAGAAACAAGAGAACCAUGGUUUGUACAAAAGCAGGCCGCAGGGGUGAGCUGUAGAUACAUAGCUAGGUAGGCAUUUCUGCUCCCCUUGUGGCUGUGGAUCACAACACAUUAGACAGCAUACUUUCACUAAGAACAUACAAAGUGUGAUGUACAAUGGAUGAUAACCAGUACCAGCACUGGUGUUUCUGUCAUUUUUAAGGUCUGUUUUCUUGAAUGCCCUCAUCGGAACACCGGGGGCUCUACUGUGACAUGUAUCAAUACUGUUGUAAGUGCUACAGUUUCAGAAUCAAUGGUACUAUGGUAGGCAUACAGGUGAUAA